ACAUCGAACUCACGCGAGAACCUGCGAACUGCAAGCGACUCUUUGCGGACUCCGUAGUGAGCAACAUGACCGGUUUGAUCAAGUUUUAUUUUCAUAUGGGUUUAAGACACUGGGAGAUACUCCUGUCUUUGAGUCACAUUGAUGGUAUUGUUAUUAGUCAUUAGAAAAAAAAUAAGUCGGAAAAAUUAGAAGAACUGAGAAAAAUAAUUAGUCCGAAAAAAAGAUUCCAAAAAACAAAGCCCCCCCCCAAACAAAUUACUCAGAAAAGCAGGUGGUUUUGUUUUGUGAAUGCAAUACGCUUCCGUACUAUUUGAAAGGAAAACGUAGCUUAUUUUUUUUAGGGGCUCAGUUCAUUUAAAAUGAGGAAAAGUGAUUUGAUGUCUACAGUAAAUUAGGUUACAAGUUGGUCACGGAAUGAAUGCAACUCGCAAGACAAGGCAACACUGGAUAUGAAUACACAAUAGACAUUUUAUAUAUAUGUGUAGUGUCCUCCAAUAUCUGCUUUUUUUCUUGAAAAUAUGACUUUCUCAAAUAUGUGUGACUUUAUUCAUGGGAGAUUACGACUUUUUUUGAACGUAUAUAUGCGACUUUCUGAAUCAGACUUUAAACAUUGUUUCUUAUCAAAUUAGAGCGAAGGCCUUUAUUUGUACACGUGCGUUUUUAUAAAACCAAAAGGGAAAACAAAAGGCGACGCCGCGAGUUUCCAGCGGAUCGCCACAAAUUGCCCCAAAAGUCCAAAUGCGUUUGUAGUCUAUCACUAACCUACACGAAGGCCGUAGUCAAGUUAAAAUGAUCCAAAACAUUUGUGGGGGAAACACGUCGAAAGAGAAAAUGAAAUUCAAAGAAAUCGAGUCAGCACGGCAGUAACUGAGCGUGCCAUCUUGUGACGACGUCUCCUUUCGCAGACGAGCUCGUAGCCUCGAAACGUCGUCGUAUGUCGGGAGCGUGAGCGAAACGGCGCGCACGUGACUUAGGACGUCACAAUGAGGCGGAACCGGGCUACGAAACGUCACCACAAUCAAACCUAAUCGUGAAUAGUUGCUGUCACAAAGGACGCUGACGCUCAUCGCUCACCGUCGUAACGAGGAACCCUCACUUCCGGGUUUGGAGCUGUCGCGUCCUACAAGAUGGCCGAAGUUGAGGAAACUCUGCAGAGGAUCGAAGCCCACGGGAGUGUGAUCGGAACCAUCGUGGCGAACGCAGAUGGUAUUCCCGUCCGAUCGACGUUCGACAUCUCCAAAGCCGGCAAGUACGUGGAGGUCCUUCGCCACCUCACCGCCUUGGCCAGGAGCACGGUGAGGGAUGUGGACCCGCAAGACGAUCUGGUCGUGAUGCGCAUAAGCACCAAGAACCAAGAGAUUAUGGUUGCGCCAGGUAAAGCGGGGGGGUCCAAAAAGUACUCGUACUCGCACGCUGCACUUAAAUACAAGGAACAAAAAAAGUUCCAAGUACUGAUUCAACAGUAAAAGUACAAAAGUAGCGACUGAAAUGUGCGCGCGCGCAGUACGGUACACAAAUGGACUAUUGUGGUGAUCUUGGGUAUUUGUAUCUACUGUGAAGGUGUUUUUUUCAAUUGCGUUUCCCCUUGCAGAGAACUCCUACCUUCUCAUACUGAUCCAGAGAUAUGAGCGAUACGCACGUACAUGAGAGGCAGCCGGGUGGCGGAUUAGUCUAGAAACUCGCUACUAACGUGUGCGGCCCAGCGAAACCCGAAAAUAAAAAGAAGUCAUUUUG